AUGCUUGAUCUAUUUCUGUUGCUGCUUUUGCAAGUGGCUUUUGUCUACAAAGCAAAUACUACCAGGUGUCCUACCAGUUAUCCUGUUCCUGUUCCCCAUGAGUGGUACCAGCCAGGUGACCUCAUCAUUGGUGGGAUUUCUUCUCAAAUCUUUUAUGUGUUUGAUGAAGUUUUCUUCAAAGAAGAGCCUUCACAGAAUAUGUUCAAACUUCCAUACAUGGUGACAAAAUUCUAUCAGCAUACCCUGGCCUUGGCAUUUGCUGUAAAAGAAAUCAACAAGAAUCAAAAGAUCUUGCCUAAUCUCACCCUUGGAUUCCACAUCUAUGAUAGUUAUUACGAUGCAAUGAUGACCUACCGGACUACUCUGGACCUACUUUUCAAAUCACAUGAUAAAGUCAGUGCAUGUAUACUCUUUGGAGAAUCGUUGACCAUUAUAUGGAUGAGAGGUAUUAUAUUUCUACGAGAUUUUGAAAAUAAGGAAGGUUCAUCAUUUAGGAAGCUCCACUCUUAUCUUUCCGAGAUUACAUUCAACAACUCUGUUGGAGAAACCAUGAGCUUCAAUGGGAAAAAGCAAAUGGGGGGUGCAUUUGACAUCAUGAACAUAGUUACAUUCCCAAACAAGUCCUUCCUUCGAGUGAAAGUUGGACAGGUGGAUGACGAUGCUCUUGAAUCAAGAAAAAUCAUCAUUCAUGAGGACAUGAUAACAUGGCACAAGGGUUUUAACCAGGUGGUGCCUAUUUCUGUGUGUAACGACUGCUGCUCCCCUGGUCAUCAGAAGAAAAGGAAGGAAGGGGAAAAAUUUUGCUGCUAUGAUUGUGCUCCAUGUCCAGAAGGGAAGAUUUCAGACCAGAAUGAUAUGAAUGACUGUUUCAGAUGCCCAGAAGACCAAUAUCCAAACAGAAACAAACAUGGUUGCAUCUCCAAAACGAUCACCUUUCUUUCUUAUGAAGAACCAUUGGGGAUCAGCUUAGCCUCAAUUGCUCUUUCUUUCUCCAUUUUCACAACUUUAGUGUUAUUAGCUUUUGUGAAGCACAGAGACACCCCAAUUGUCAAAGCCAACAACCGAGACCUCACCUACACUCUUCUCAUCUCUCUACUGCUCUGCUUUCAGUCUUCUUUGUUAUUCCUUGGCAAGCCAGGGGAAAUGGCCUGCCUUCUCAGACAACCUGCUUUUGGCAUCAUCUUCUCCAUGGCUGUUUCUUGUGUGUUGGCCAAAACUAUUACUGUAGUUGUAGCUUUCAUGGCCACCAAACCAGGGUCCAGCCUGAGGAAGUGGGUGGGGAAAAGACUGGCCAACUCCAUUGUCCUUUCCUGCUCCCUCAUUCAAGCAAGUCUUUGCACUCUCUGGUUGGCCACUACUCCUCCAUUCCCAGAUUUAGACAUGCACUCACUAAUAGAAGAAAUCACUGUGCAAUGCAAUGAAGGGUCUGUGACUAUGUUUUCCUGUGUUUUGUGCUACUUGGGCCUCCUUGCUUUCUUCAGCUUCCUGUCAGCAUUCCUCGCCCGCAAAUUACCUGACAGUUUCAAUGAAGCCAAAUUCAUUACUUUCAGUAUGUUGCUGUUUUGCAGUGUUUGGCUGUGCUUUGUCCCUACCUACCUGAGCACCAAAGGGAAAUACAUGGUGAUGGUGGAGAUCUUCUCCAUCUUGGCCUCCAGUGCUGGGUUACUGGGCUGCAUCUUUGCCCCAAAAUGCUACAUUAUCAUUCUGAAGCCUGAGCUCAACAACAAAGAACAACUAAUAAGGAGAAAGAAUUAA